AUGUCAAAGUUGAUGCAUGAAAACAAAGGAAUGCAAAAAAACCUCAUACUCCGUCCCGUACCCGGCGUAUGUCAACAAUUUUCCAGAAAAAGCCCACAGCCAAGGCAACACAUCCCAUACGAUUAUCCACGUGCUCUGCAUUUGGCCAAAUAUCUCGGAACAAAACUGAAAUUUGGCUUUAUCGAGACCGUAAGCCUGAGUUUUCUGAAAUUUCUCGCGUACCUCAUCUAUGCUUUGCAACGAUUUUGGUGGAUUGGGCUCUCGAAGUUUAUGAUAUUGACGAAUGCUACGAAAGAUUCAGGUCAAAAAUCAUGA